GCAUCUAUUCUCUUCAGCAAAAUAUGAGACGAAGAAGGGAAAGCUCGAAAAUAACCGUUUAAGCGCAGCAGAAUCAGACAUGGAAGAGGUCUUCAUGGAGCCGCGAGUGCCGGCAGUGAGUCAAGACCCCAAACACUCCUCCGCUGAGCCUCCACCGGAGCCCGGAGGAGUUGUCGUCUCCUCUUCCGAAGUAGCCGAGAUGGACAAGGACCUGCUCUGCCCGAUAUGUAUGCAGAUAAUCAAGGACGCAUUUCUGACGGCGUGCGGUCAUAGCUUCUGCUACAUGUGCAUCAUCACUCACCUCCGAAACAAGAGCGAUUGCCCUUGUUGUGCCCAGUAUCUCACCAACAAUCAGCUUUUCCCUAAUUUCUUGCUCGAUAAGCUAUUGAAGAAGGCUUCUGCUCGUCAAAUGUCAAAAACUGCAUCCCCUAUGGAACAGUUUCGUCAGGCAUUACAACAGGGUUGUGAAGUGUCGAUCAAGGAGGUGGACAGUCUAUUAUCACUCCUUUCAGAGAAGAAGAGAAAAAUGGAACAGGAAGAAGCUGAGAGAAAUAUGCAAAUACUUCUGGACUUCUUGAACUGCUUACGGAAGCAGAAGGUUGAUGAACUGAAUGAGGUACAAACUGAUCUCCAGUUUGUUAAAGAGGACAUAAAUGCAGUUGAGAGACAUAGAAUAGACUUGUAUCGUGCAAGAGAUAGAUACUCUGUGAAAUUGAGAAUGCUUGGUGAUGAUUCUAGCUCAAGAAAGCCAUGGACUUCAUUGAUGGAUAAGAAAAGUAGUGGAGUUAACCCAAGUUCUCUUAAUGUCAGAGGAGGGACACUUGUAGGGAAUUUUCAAAACAAGAAAGCAGACGGAAAGGCCCAAGUGAGCUCCCAUGGACUUCAGAGAAAGGAUAGUUUGAGUGGCUCAGACUCACAAUGUUUUAAUCAAUCAAGUCUAUCUGUUGCAAGAAAAAAGAGGGUUCAGGCACAGUUCAAUGACCUACAAGAAUGUUACCUGCAAAAGCGACAUCAGUUAGCAAAUCAACCACAUAUUAAGCAAGAAAGUGAUAAAAAUGUCAUACAUAGAGAGGGUUAUAGUGCAGGUCUUGCAGACUUUCAAUCUGUUCUGACUACCUUUACUCGGUACAGCCGUCUUAGAGUUAUUGCUGAGCUUAGGCAUGGUGAUCUAUUUCAUUCAGCCAAUAUAGUGUCAAGCAUUGAAUUUGACCGUGAUGAUGAGUUCUUUGCCACGGCUGGUGUGUCUCGGCGCAUUAAGGUCUUUGAUUUCUCUUCGGUUGUAAAUGAACCUGUAGAUGUGCACUGCCCUGUUGUGGAGAUGUCAACACGUUCUAAACUUAGUUGCUUGAGUUGGAACAAGUUUUCCAAGAAUCAUAUAGCUAGUAGCGAUUACGAGGGAAUAGUAACUGUUUGGGAUGUAACAACUCGGCAGAGUCUUAUGGAAUAUGAAGAGCAUGAAAAACGUGCAUGGAGUGUGGAUUUCUCGCGUAUGGAACCUUCAAUGCUUGUAUCUGGCAGCGAUGAUUGCAAGGUCAAAGUUUGGUGCACAAAGCAAGAAGCCAGUGUUCUAAACAUUGACAUGAAAGCAAAUAUAUGCUGCGUCAAGUAUAAUCCUGGAUCUAGCAAUCACAUUGCGGUUGGGUCAGCAGACCAUCACAUCCACUAUUAUGAUUUGAGAAACAUCAGCAGCCCCCUCCAUGUUUUUAGUGGGCAUAAGAAAGCUGUCUCAUAUGUAAAAUUCUUGUCUGAAUAUGAGCUUGCUUCUGCAUCUACAGACAGCACACUACGAUUAUGGGAUGUGAAGGAAAACUUGCCGGUUCGUACUUUUAGAGGCCACACAAAUGAGAAGAACUUUGUUGGUCUGACUGUAAACAGUGAAUAUAUUGCUUGUGGCAGUGAAACAAAUGAAGUAUACGUCUAUCAUAAGGAGAUCUCCAAACCUUUAACUUGGCAUAGGUUUGGCUCACCUGAUAUAGAUGAUCCAGAUGAGGAUUCAGGAUCCUAUUUCAUCAGUGCCGUAUGCUGGAAGAGUGAUAGUCCUACCAUGCUAACUGCUAACAGUCAGGGAACGAUAAAGGUGCUAAUCCUUGCAGCUUAAUAGCUUGGUUGAAAACCUUGACAAUAGAAAAUUGAAUUCUAAAAAGUUAUAACCAUCCAUCUUUUGCUCCAAUUUGAAACCAGUUCUUAUCAGUGUUUUUUUUUUUUUUUGUAUAUAUAUUCCUGAACCUUGUAGAGCGUCUCUAGGCUAAUAAUUUGUUUACAUAGAAUAUGCAUACCAUUGAUGUAAUUUAGUGUUACAGCAUUGAAAGUCCUUAUCUAAUUGCGCAGAAAAAAGUUGAUGUAUUGUGUUGUCAUCUUUUUAUCUGGAUGUAAACCUGCCCUAGAUUUUUGUAUAUCAUUUUCCGGAGUCAUAUUUCGCUACAAUCUGAAUGUCCUGCAAGUGCCUGAACGCUACAGUAUGAAUAUGAAGUCCCAAUAACCAGCCUGAGUAUAU